CUAGUAAAAUAAAAAGAAAGUGAGAUUCAUAUUUGCGGUGUAACAUUAACCAAAAAAUGGAAAUCCAAUCCAGCCUCUCUCUUGAGCAGAUCAGACUCUGUGUGAUAGAUGGCUUCUUGUGAAGGAUGCUAUCAACCCGACUCCGAUGGCAUCCCAAUAGAUCUAUUCGUGUCCAAGAAGAACCCACGACACAGAAUCAUCACCUCCAGUGGUUUCAGUCUCAGAUUCACCGAUUCUUCUGCUAAUUUAGUUUUCUCUGUUGACCCUCCUUCUAUUCGUGGAUCACCAGCUCCUCCUACGUUUAUUAAGCGUCUACUUACCGAUGCUUCUGGGAAUCUCCUCAUUUCCAUUGCUCAUAAACAGAAAGCAAUGUGGCAGGGUUUUAGGGAGGACAGUAGUGAAGAGAAGGAUGUUAUAUUCAGAGUAGAGAGGACGAUAAAGACACUUACUAGAUUAGAGUUUCAAGUGUUCCUUCCUAACAACAAGUCUGAUCUCAAGAUGAGAGGUUCCCCCUUCUAUAGAUCCUGCACUAUUUAUAACGGUGACUCAGUACUAGCGCAGACUAGUCUUAUGUACAAGCUUGGGCUGCAGAAGAAGCUGCUUGUACCAAGGAAUAGGUUUCGACUAACCAUCUUCCCCGACGGAUACGCUCAUCGUGCCCUCAUUGUUGCUUUGACGGCCAUAUUUUUCCAUGGUCGGAAGUUGUGGAUUUAAACUAUUUGUCCAUUGAAACUUAAAACUCAUUUACUCUUAACAUUCUUACAUUACACCUAUUAUGUUUUUUGAAUCUGGACCAGUUUUGUCUUAUUCACCAAAUGAUCAUGGACCAUUUUGUUCUUUUGCAAGUGUUAUUUCUGUUGAUUUAUUAAUAAAAAUUCAAAAGCAUUGUACC